GGCUUACAAAAGUAAUAACAUAUCCUGUAAAAGUUUAAACAGCGCGGAAAUAUAUGAGAUGGAAAUACUGAAUCCCUUACAACCAUCAUCCUGCCACCCCAAAUAACCACUGUGAAUGGUUUGAUAAUCAAGCAAAACAAAGAUGAGCUUCAUCUGUGGACUGCAGUUUGCUGCUAGAAACUGUGUUUUCUUCCGAUUUAAUUUACUGACCAGCUGGAGAAAAUGUAACACACAAGCUGUAACCUCACUGGACUGUCAUCAAGUGAAAAUUAACAAUAUAGUAAAUAAGUCUCUGGGCCUGGGAGUAAAUCAGGGUGAUAGAUGGACAUUUUUGCCUGAAAACGUUCAUUUCUGUAGGACUUUUAAUAACAAAAGAACAGGCUUCCUCUUGAGCACCAGAAGUAAGGAAACUUGGAUGAUUCCCCAAAAAUGUACUGCGUGGAAUAACUCUUUCUCAAGACAGCUACUGAUGAAAGACGUUCUAGUAGUUCCUGCGCUUUCAGUGGUGCAUCCUCUAAACUGUUUACCCACAAGAGACAUCAGGAGUUUCCAUACUUCUCCACGGUUUCAAGCUGCUCCGGUUCCUCUCUUGUUGACGAUUCUUAAACCAGUGCAGAAGCUACUGGCUAUCAUUGUGGGCAGGGGCAUAAGGAAAUGGUGGCAGGCACUUCCUCCUAACAAGAAGGAACUAUUUAAAGAAAGUGUAAGGAAGAAUAAAUGGAAGUUAUUCCUUGGUUUGAGUAGUUUUGGAUUGCUUUUUGUAGUAUUUUAUUUUACACACCUGGAAGUGAGUCCAGUCACAGGAAGGAGCAAGCUUCUAUUACUGGGGAAAGAACAUUUCAGACUUUUAUCAGAACUGGAAUAUGAAGCAUGGAUGGAAGAAUUUAAAAAUGAUAUGCUAACUGAGAAAGACACCCGAUACAUGGCUGUUAAAGAAGUGGUUCAUCAUUUAAUUGAAUGCAAUAAAGAUAUUCCAGGGAUCUCUGAGAUCAAUUGGAUAAUUCACGUGGUUGAUUCCCCAGAUAUAAAUGCCUUUGUGCUUCCAAACGGACAAGUGUUUAUCUUCACUGGGCUUUUAAAUAGUGUGACUGAUAUUCAUCAGCUGUCCUUCCUUCUGGGCCAUGAAAUAGCACAUGCAGUACUUGAACAUGCCGCAGAAAAGGCUAGCUUGGUUCAUUUCCUGGAUUUCCUAGGUCUGAUUUUUCUCACAAUGAUUUGGGCCAUUUGUCCUCGAGAUAGUUUGGCACUUUUGGGCCAGUGGAUUCAGUCUAAAUUGCAGGAGUUUAUGUUUGAUAGACCAUAUAGUAGAACACUGGAGGCUGAAGCUGACAAAAUUGGACUACAACUUGCUGCAAAGGCUUGUGUGGACGUCAGAGCCAGUUCAGUGUUUUGGCAACAGAUGGAAUUUGCAGAAAGCCUCCAUGGUCUUCCCAAGUUGCCAGAAUGGUUAUCUACACACCCUUCUCAUGGAAAUCGAGCUGAGCACUUGGAUAGACUCAUACCUCAGGCACUCAAAAUUAGAGAGAGCUGUAAUUGCCCACCACUUUCUGGAACAGACCCUCGAUUACUGUUCAAACUCAGCAUGAAGAAUUUUCUUGAAGAAGCAGAGAAAGAAGACCUAAAUAUCACUGUUAAACCGAAAAUGGAUACUCUCCCCAUUCAAAACGAGAAGCAAAUAGCAUUAACGUGUAUAGUUGAGAAAAGAACUGGCAGUUGAAUUAAAAUUUAUGAGACACCAGAUACAUGAAGAAUGCAGUAAUCCUUAUCGUUUUCAUGUUACUUUUUUAAAAAUAUUGUUUGAAAUGAAAAAAAAAAGAGGAUACUCAGGGUCAAAUCAUGUAUAUUACAGGUAUUAUCUAAAUUCUUAUACUAGGUAUUUAUUUUUCAUAAAAUAUUGAUAUAUUUUACUCUAUUUUAAAAUAUCUUCAAUGAGGAAGAUG